AUGGGCUUUUUGCCUGCUUUUAGGUACGAGCACCGGCUGGUGGACGACAUGUUUGCCUACAUUUUGAAGUCCCGGGGGGGCUUCGUGUGGGCCUGCAAGAACUUCGAGGGGGACUUGGGGAGUGACUUGGUGGCUCAAGGGUUUGGGUCUUUGGGACUAAUGGUGUCUUUUCUGGAGACUGCUGCUGCUGCUGCAGCAGCAGACGGCGCAGCAGCAGCAGCAGCAGCCUUUGCUGCAGAAGCUGCACACGGAACUUAUAGUAAUUACCCCGUGGCUUCUGCGUACGCGUGGGCGCGGGGGCUGCGGCGGCGGGGGCAGCGCGACAGCAACUUGCUGCUGCAGCAGUUUGCUGCUGCUCUCGAAGCAGCUUGCUGCAGCGCCAUUGAAGGCGGAGUCAUGACGAAAGACCUCGCCACUGCCAUCAAGGGAGAACAAGUUUCUGAAAAGGAUUAUGUCGACACCAAACAGUUCAUCAAAGAAGUUCAGAAGCACCUUGAACAGGCCCUCGUCAAACUCGGAGUCAUCACCGA